AUGCGAUCCACAACAAGAUUAUGGAGACAUGAAUCUCUUGGAGGGUUCAAAACCAAGUCUCGUAUAUACGCAGUUGGAGCUACCCAAGUCAGAAUCUAUUCCUAUGGUUCUGUGUCAUCUUCCUCAUCUCGUUUAUAUGGUGCACACAACCUGUUCGACAAAAUUCCUGACCGAGAUCGGGAAAGUUAUACAAGCUUACUCUUUGGAUUUUCCCGUGACGGACGCACUCAGGAAGCAACUAGACUCUUCUUGAACAUUCAUCGUUCAGGGAUGGAGAUGGACUGCUCAAUGUUUUCCUCUGUUCUAAAGGUCUCUGCUACUCUGUGUGAUGAGCUUCUCGGGAGACAAUUGCAUUGUCACUGUGUAAAGAUUGGUUUUUUAGACGAUGUAAGUGUUGGCACAUCGCUGGUUGAUACAUACAUGAAAGGCAGUAACUUUAAAGAUGGAAGGAAUGUUUUUGAUGAGAUGAAGGAGAGGAAUGUUGUUACUUGGACUACAUUGAUCAGUGGAUAUGCGCGGAAUUCGUUCAACGAUGAAGUAUUGACAUUGUUUAUGAGGAUGCAGGACGAAGGGACGAUGCCAAAUUCGUUUACUUUUGCAGCUGCUCUUGGAGUUUUAGCUGAAGAAGGAGUUCAUGGGAGGGGAAUUGAGGUACACACAGUUGUUGUAAAGAACGGUUUAGAUAAAACGAUUCCGGUGUCUAAUUCUCUGAUUAAUCUGUAUCUCAAGUGUGGGAAUGUUAGGAAAGCUAGAAUUUUGUUUGAUAAGACACAAGUAAAGAGUGUGGUGACUUGGAAUAGUAUGAUUUCCGGAUAUGCAGCGAACGGGCUUGAUUUAGAUGCAUUGAGAAUGUUUUAUUUCAUGAGGCUUGAUCAUGUGAGGUUAUCUGAAUCAAGCUUUGCCUCCGUUAUCAAGCUCUGCGCUAACCUCAAAGAACUCAAGUUCACGGAGCAGCUCCAUUCCGGUGUUGUAAAAUACGGAUUCUUGUUUGAUCAAAACAUUAGGACGGCUCUAAUGGUAGCUUAUAGUAAAUGUACGGCGAUGCUUAAUGCUCUUAGUCUGUUCAAAGAGACGGGAUUCAUGGGGAAUGUUGUCUCGUGGACAGCAAUGAUUAGUGGUUUCUUGCAGAAUGAUGGGAAAGAGGAAGCAGUGGAUUUGUUUUGGGAAAUGAGGAGGAAUGGCGUUAGACCAAACGAAUUCACUUAUUCUGUCAUUCUCACUGCUCUUCCUGUAAUUGCUCUAUUGGAGGUCCAUGCACAGGUUGUAAAGACUAACUACGAGAGAUCUUCAGCCGUUGGAACCGCUCUUCUAGAUGCGUAUGUGAAGUCUGGUAAAGUAGAUGAGGCUGCAAAAGUUUUUAGCCGUAUUGAUGAUAGAGACAUUGUGGCUUGGUCUGCCAUGCUUGCAGGAUAUGCUCAGACCGGAGAGGCAGAGGCAGCCAUAAAGAUGUUUAGCGAGCUCACAAAGGGCAGGAUAAAACCGAACGAGUUCACAUUCUCUAGCAUUCUUAACGUUUGUGCAGCUACUACCGCGUCAAUGGGACAGGGAAAGCAAUUCCAUGGGUUAGCUAUAAAAUCAAGACUCCAUAACUCUCUGUGUGUUAGUAGUGCUCUUCUAACCAUGUAUGCAAAGAAAGGCAACAUCGAGAGCGCGGAGGCAGUCUUUGAAAGGCAGAGAGAGAGAGAUCUAGUGUCAUGGAACUCGAUGAUCUCUGGGUAUGCACAACACGGUCAAGCAAUGAAGGCUCUCGGUGUUUUCAAGGAAAUGAAGAAGAGGAAGGUGAAAAUGGAUAGUGUAACAUUUAUCGGAGUAUUUGCUGCUUGUACACAUGCGGGAUUAGUUGAAGAAGGUGAAAAGUAUUUCGAUAUAAUGGUAAGAGAGAGCAAGAUUGCACCUACAAAGGAACAUCAUAGUUGCAUGGUGGAUCUAUACAGCCGAGCCGGGCAACUUGAAAAGGCUAUGAAGGUAAUAGAGAGCAUGCCAACCCCGGCUGGUACCACCAUUUGGAGAACAAUUCUAGCUGCUUGUCGCGUUCACAAGAAAACAGAGCUGGGGAGAAUAGCUGCAGAGAAGAUCAUCGAGAUGAAACCAGAGGAUUCAGCUGCAUAUGUGUUGUUGUCUAAUAUGUAUGCAGAGUCAGGAGAUUGGCAAGAGAGAGCCAAAGUAAGGAAGCUAAUGAACGAGAGAAACGUGAAGAAAGAAGCUGGAUACAGUUGGAUUGAGGUCAAGAACAAGACUUACGCGUUCUUGGCGGGUGAUCGGUCUCAUCCUCUCAGAGAUCAGAUAUAUAUGAAGCUAGAGGAUUUGAGUACGCGGCUUAAGGAAUUAGGAUAUGAGCCAGAUACAAGUUAUGUGCUUCAGGACAUUGAUGAUGAGCAUAAAGAAGCUGUUCUUGCUCAGCAUAGUGAGAGAUUGGCUAUUGCAUUUGGGUUGAUUGCCACGCCAAAGGGAAGCCCUCUUUUGAUCAUUAAGAAUCUUAGGGUUUGUGGAGAUUGUCAUGUAGUCAUCAAAUUGAUUGCAAAGAUUGAAGGAAGAGAAAUUGUAGUUAGAGAUACAAAUCGGUUUCAUCACUUUAGCAGUGAUGGAGUUUGCUCAUGUGGGGACUUUUGGUGA